CACGGCUCUGCUGACCUGAAGCCCAACUUCAAAUCUUUUCUUUGUACAAAAAUCACACGAUAUCUGGUUUGCUUCUCUUCAACAAUUCACAGUUCUUCCAUAUCUCCCGCCUGGCCUGCUUCAACUUCCAAUCUUACAACAGAUUCUCCAAGAGAAGAAUAAGUGCUGUUCCAAUUACUAUCCAAUAGUAUGACACAAGAUGUUGAAGCAAUUCAGGAAAAUUCAAAUCAAAAUAACAACCAUAAUCCCAGAAUUACCUGGGAAGGUUGCAGUGUCUUGCUUGAUAUCAACGACGGAGACCGCUUGGUUUUUGCUCGUCUCACUCCUGCCUCGAAUGUGAAGAUAGGGGAUAAGAGUUACUCCCUUCAGCCGUUGGUAGGCUGUCCAUACGGGUCUCUGUUUCAAGUGGAGAGUGGGGCAGGACGCCCAAUCUUGUCUCGGGUUGUUUCUCAUACCAUAGAAGGGAAAAAUAAUCUUGAAGCAGAAAGUGGUGGCUUACAGACUACUAUAGACAGCUCAAAGGAUAACCGAGAACUAGUUGAUAAUAACACAGCUCAAAGUCUCACCGGUGAAGAUAUACAUGAAAUGCGAAGACAGGGUGCCACAGGGGACGAAAUAGUCAAAGCGCUCAUUGCGAACAGCACAACUUUUGAGAAGAAGACUCAGUUUUCACAAGAAAAAUAUAAGCUUAAGAAACAGAAGAAGUAUGCACCCAAAGUACUACUUAGACGUCCCAACGCAAGGAGCAUUUGCGAGGCGUACUUCAAGAAGCACCCUGACAGAAUUGGGUGUUUGCGAGUGGACACUUUAUCUCUUCUGCUCUCUAUGGCAAAUGUGACUGCACAUGCUGAUGUACUUGUAGUGGACAAGGUUGGUGGUAUAAUCACUGGUGCUGUUGCUGAGCGUUUGGGAGGUACUGGUUAUGUCUGCAACACUUAUCGUGGAGGUGUCCCAUAUCCUAUUGACAUCACAAGGAUCUUUAAUUUUAGUGAUGAAAUUUGCAAAAGAAUUCUGCAUGCAUCAUUGGAUGAUCUGUUGACAUUUCAAACCGAAGCUUCAGCAUCAGAGGAGCAGGCCAAUGUCUCUUCAGAACACGGGAAUAUGGAAAUUACACCUGAGGUGGCGGUUUCUCCAGCAAGAAAGCAUUGUAGUAAAGCUCCAAAAGCUGGUGGGAAGGCACCACAUGAAGUAGUUCACUCCUGGAAAGAAAAUGGCUUUUCGAGCUUAAUCAUUGCAGCACCGGACAUGGACCCUUGGAGCCUUAUUAAAGAUCUUCUUCCGCUUUUGUCAUUUUCUGCUCCAUUUGUAGUCUACCAUCAGUAUGCUCAGCCACUAGCCACCUGCAUGCACAACCUGCAAACAGAGAAAUUGGCAAUUGGCUUACAAUUGUCUGAACCUUGGCUUCGUGAAUAUCAGGUCCUACCAUCAAGAACCCACCCACAUAUGCAGAUGAGUGCGUUUGGCGGGUAUAUAUUGAGCGGUACUCGGAUAUGUACAACAAGUGACCUCAAGAUGCAGCCAGCUUAGCUGAUUUGUUUAUUUAUUCAUUCAUUUUAUUUUUCUUUCCUUUUCCCAUUGAUGCAUUGGAUUGCCAUUAUUUUUUUCCAAUUAUAUCUGGUUUUAAUAAUUUGUUGUAACUUGUACUAUAUUUUUAUUUUUAUUUCCUUUUCCCAUUGUUGUGUUAUAUCUUUGAGUAGUAAAUUGAUGUAACUUUAAUAAAGGUUAUCCCGGCUGUCCAGUUUAAUUUUGUAGGCAGUCUUCAUACUGUUUACUUUCUCUGCUCAUUUGAGUAUUUGUAUUACUUGUAUUAUUUUUCCAGUUUAUGCAAAGUUUUUUUAUUUAUUUAAA